AUGGCGCUGCCCGUCGAUAUGAAAAAGAAAAUUUUACAAGCUAUUUUCCCAUCUCUAGCUACAGCUGAAGUGAACUUUCUAAUACGUAACCUCCCUAGAGUGUCCGACUUCAUGGACGAUGCAACACUUGAGGAUAAAAUCAACCACGCAUGUUCAUCCACCGGUAUUCCAUUCUGCGAUAUUUUAUGUCCCCCAGUAGAAAAUUGUACGAAUUGUGGCAGAAGACUUACUUUGCAUAAUCAGCCAGUCCAUAUUACAAUUUUCAAAAUUGCAGGUCGGGUACAAGGUAUCAAAAUUACCUCCAAGUGCCAGCCUUGUGGGCUGAUUUAUAAAUAUGCACAGCAUGGUAAUGAAAAUGUAGGGUACCAGUUUUACCAAGAGAGACGGUCAUUGGUAGAAGCUAGCAAUGUUGCUUACUUUGAAAGACAACUGUGCCUUUAUCAAGUAUUUCUCAGGUACGUUUAUCUUAUGUUGCAUGCCAUCUAAAAUAUAUUUAGUAUAUAUAUUGAUUGUUUUAUUGAGUGUAUAUCAUGUAAGUCAGUGCGAUAGGCUAUAUAGGCUAUUUUUAUACUUUGCAAUUGCUUAAAGCCCAUCAUGCAUGCACUACAUGAUACUAGUCGUAUAUAUACGAUUGCGGAUGUUUUGGCAUACGAAAACGACAGCUUGACGGCCAUGCACUAUUCCUGCAUGCAUGCAUGCAUGUUCAUCAUUCCAUAUAUAGCGAAAUUUGAAAUGUGACAUCUUCAAUUCGAGUACUGCAUACGCCAUGAUAAGAGACUAGUCGUAUCGCUUAUAGAUGCAUUCAUGGGCCUUAAGUUAUUGCUUGCCUAAACUCUAAAAUUUCUAUCAUCAUAUUAUAACAUUCAUUUUCUUUCGAAAUUUUCAAAAGUAAUCAUGCAUGGGUGUCGUAUAUUGGAUUUACUGAGGCCUACAAUGAUGCAACUGAAAAUAGUAGUUCAGGUACUGUAAUCCAAAGUCUAAAUACAAAAUAAAUAUCAGUUUUGUUCAUUUUAUCUGUUUUCAAUUGCCUUUUGAUAUGCAUGCAUGCAGUUUUACUAAGUCUUGGUCGUUGGCAAUUUUUAGAUGCAUGCAUGUUGCUUGACCGCAGAAUAACAUCAAGUGCAUUUAUUAUGCACGAACUUGAGGAAGAAUGCCGUGAGCGAAACUUACAGUGGAGUUUUAAGGGAGCAAAGGAAGAUGCAAUUGACGUUCUGAUGGAUAAAAUAGAGAAAUUACGUUCAUCUGAAUUGUAUAUACACAAGGAAGAAGAUUGCUCUGAAUUAUGCAGGAAAAGAGGUGACGCGUUCAUCUGUAUUACAAUGUCUAUAACUAUGACACGAUUGUUUUGUUUAAAUGCAGUUAAAAUAUACUCUAAGUCUAGGCGGUCAAAGAAUGAUGCAGGUAACUUCUUUUUAGGGCUUUUAAUAAUCCUACUUGUACAUCUUAAGUGCUUAUUAUCUGUCUUGCCAUGCAGCCAUAGUUACAGGGCAGUACACAGGAAUUUUUCACCAUGUGGGCAGUAAGGCCUGUAUGCCGAAAAAGUCCCAAAUACCCAAAGAUUGUAGUGUACGGUCAAUGCAAAAUUCACACGUUUUAGGUCGUAAGAAGUUACCCAUCACAUCUUGCGCACUUAGAGUUUAAGGUUUAAGAUUUUUUAGGGAUAACCAUUUUUGAAACAGCUGUAAACAUCACAAAAUUAUCCGGCUAAGGCUAAGCCUUAACUAUACCUAGCUAAAUAUAUGCAGAAAAAUAAAAGCUAACAAAAUUGUAAAAAUAAUAUGAUUGUAAAAAUAAUAUGAUUGGUGCAUGUGAAAGGCACUUUCAAAUAUUGCAAUUUUUUACUUUUUUCAUAUUAUCAGUUAUUCUCGUUGUCAUCAGCUGUAUUAUAUAUUAUAUUAUAAAAAUAAAAAAUAUUAUGACAUUAUAUAUUAUAUUAUUAUAAUAUUAUAAUAUUAUAUAAUAAUAUAUAAUGAUCAUAAUAUUUUUUAUAUAGUACUAUUAUUAUUUAUAGUAUUAUUAUCAAGAAUAUUAACAUGCUAUAUUAUUAUAUUUACUUUUAUUAUUAUUAUUGUUCUUAUCAUGACAUUAUUAUUGCUGUUUUUCUUAUUAUAUAACUGACAAUAUUAAAUAGGGCUUUCUCAUGUUUUAAAUAUUAAUAUAGGUUGUGAGAUCUUUGUAUCGAUGGACGGAGUUUGGAAACUCAGAUUUCCUCAUUGUAUGUACCCUGUGAAGGCGGAGAUUGCAGGUUUUUCUGCGUUAAACUAUCCAAAUGUGUGUACAAAGGAACCGGCUUCGCAGAAUUCAGCGUUUUGUAUUAAACAUUGUGAGGUCGCCAGGGAAGGAAACAUACCAACUGGUCUCCGCGAUUUUAUCCACAAGUACUGUGGGGUAUUUUAUCGUCAAGGAAGGUAGUUAACCACCCCCCCCCCCCCCCACCUCAUUAUUAAUUAUUCUUUGGAUAUUUGGGACUUUUUUCGGCAUAUGUAGGACUUACUGCCGCCCUGGCCCUAGUGAAAAAAUCCUGCGUACGGCCCAUCCAAGAUGUAUACGCACACAAUUAACACACUGGCCUUUUUUGUUUUUAGAAACAGAGAACCUUCGGGCAAGCGAUGGUGAAAUCAUCGAAAUGAAACUUGAAAAUAUGUCGGGCAACGAAAAACUUCCUGCUACUACUGCUGAAGCUCAAGGUAGCUACAGUUAUAGGCCUACUAUAGGAUAAUAUCCACGCAUCAUAUCGUACUAUUUACUAAAAAGCAGUUGCUAUAGACUCUGCAAUUUUCAGUGCACCUUGCAUGUCUCACGGCAGCUAAACCCCCGUUUCUGAAAGAGAAGCCUUAGCUAAAUGUGUUACACUAUGGAUUUUUUAUGCAAUUGACUUGUCUGGCAAGAGAAACAAAAAACAAAAUGUGGUUCACAAACCAGUUAUUUACAGACGGUUUACUUACUCGUGCAAAAUUAGUUAUUGCAAGGCAAGUUGCAAAAGGGAUGUUUUAGUGUGCAUCCCUACUGUGUGCAAUAUUUGCUGUAACUUGUUAUGUCUAUGAGACAUGAUGAUUGCGGGGAAUGUCACGCAAUAUGAAAAUUGCAUGGGAUCAUGCUUUUCUAGUGUGCGAGAUUGAGAAUGUAUAUAAAGUAACAUUGUGAUACAUCUUUGCUUGUAGGUACAAAGGACUUUUUAGCCGAAAAUGCUGCGUUGUUAACUAUGCCUAUGGACACGAGCCAAAUACAGGGGCAAAUAGAUGUUUGCAACAAGGAUACCGGAGGGAAAAAGACGACUUUACAAAAAUGGUUGCAUCAUUUGGUACAAGGUGGUGGAAUAAUUGACAAAUUUGAUGCUUUAUUUGUGUAAGUUUCUUAGGCCUGUCUUAUACGUCGAAUUUUGGUCGCGUCGAAUGCAAUUAAGUUAAGACAACAGAUAAUGAAAUGAUUGAAUUGCAUUCCGUCGACGCGACCAAAAUUCGACAUAUAAAACAGGCUAUAUGUGUGCACAAUUGAUGAGUGCAGCAGGUUCAGCUUUAAUUCCCGGCAGCUUUAAUUUUGAGUGAUGGUAUAGGAUUUUAUUACCAAUAAUUAAUUGUAUUUUUGUUUUUUAUUAAUUUGCAGCUCUGAGUCUCCUAGCCAAGUAUUUUACCUUACGCUUCACUACCUCUAUCUUCGCCUCAAAGAUCUACCAGAAGACCAAUGGGAGCAUUUUAUUUUGUCAUAUGACAACAUGUGCAAUGUUGACAGGCUAAUUGCUGCCAGAAGUCCUGUACCUUUGCCUGAGCCAUUUGAUAAGAUGUGGCUAAAAAUUACAAAAGUGAUCGAUAGGCUGCAUCUAAGAAAUCAUAAAAAUCCAGAAUGUGCCAAGAGGUAUUCAGCCGAGCCUCUAAAAGAAAUCCACCCCAAAUUGAACACAAUGGUGGCAGAGCAAACGUUCACGUGGGCCUCACGGUAUAAAAAAAUACUCUGCGCUAUGCCUCAACGACGCUUUCUCUUUUACUACCACUGA